UCUCCCUAUUGGCCUGACCUUGUGGGAGUUAUCUCUCACAGUUACAGUUAAUUAAGCUCCUAAUUAACCUAUUGAUUGCCUGCACACACGUACAGAGCUCCACAGUACUCACAGCUACGCGAGAGAACACACGGUCUCUUAAUUCUGCAGGUGGUGAUAAUUACCUUUGCAGGAAAACUGUAUUUACAGCUGCAGUUACACAAUUUGCUUUUAAAUCAGCAGGUAAUGGCUGUUUUUUCGCAUAUCUUAUGCAUGCAGGUCUUUAGAAUCUGGUGAGAUGACAUCUGAUAAUCUGGAAAAAAAAUAGCUUGACCUCAUAACGCUGGAUGGAGACUGAAUUUCUGUAUUUUAUUUUCUUUAUUUGGUGGCAAAUGUAUUUUGGGCUCAUUCUUUCUUUUCCUUUUUUUGUAUUUCUUAUGGUAAUGCGGUGACACAAAACGAAUUCUGUUCUUCAGGCUGCCUUUAUUGAGCUUAGCUAAAUGGGGAGUUUCUGCCUAAAUGUGAAGUGACGCAUCCUCCCUCUGAGUGACAGUAAUCCCCAGCUCUGAAGAGAGGCGGUGGUGGAGAAUACCCAGCAUGGGUUCAGAAUUUGAGGCACUCUGAAAGCGAUUUGGACAGAUGAAGAAGAAAAAAAGGGGCCAAUCUUUUUGGUAAUUCCAGCUGCCUUAAAACCCGCUCUUGCCCUCUUGCAUAUUUUAAUUAUGCUCAGUGUUGGGUUAAGGCCUGAUAGGACUUCACGUUGUGUUGGCUCAGUGUGGGUUUAACGUAGUCCCGUAGCUUUAUCUUUGCGAAGCACGCUGGCAUGUUUGGUUGAACUCUGCUGCUGCUUGUUUACCGUCUCCACUAACGAUGCAAACCUGCAACUGUGCUAAUUUGUGGUGCAGCGACUGACAGUGAGAGGUCUUUGCUCAGAUGCACAGAUAUUCAGCAGCACAAUGGCCACAACAGGACACUUAAUUGUACUUUAUGCAAAAUCAAUAUGGUUCUUGCAGCCCUGACUCCUGGGAGGCUAGGCGGGCAACGUAAUGAGUCCGGGGGUGGGGGGUUCCAAGAGAGAAGCAGGAGGAGGUGUUUUCUACCUCUGACAGAAUCCAGGCGUUAUUUUCAUGGUUGUCCUCUCCUCUCUCGUGUGACAGAGUGGCUCUGGGGGGGGCUUGAUAGUUAAAUCAUUUACCUGCUGAUUAUUUCCUAAAAGCACAAUAAUACUUUUAGAUGUCAUGAUAAGUGUUUCACGUCCAUUAAAACGGUUCAAUAUAUGCCUCAUCACAUAUCUGUAUGAGCUCCGGGAGCACGCCAGUAAUUUGACGGGAUUAUCAGCGGGUUCGUCUCCCUCCUUUUAUCCCUUUGUCAUAUCCCUGCUGUAGUCAAAUCACCCUGAGAACCUCUGCGGAGCAUGACCUGAAUCUGAAUGAGCUUUAGCUGCUCCUGACUUCUCUGUCCUGCCUUCAUUCCCCCUCCUCGGGCACCACAGCACAGAUGCAAAGACGCCCACAUGUGCAGGACAGUACUUUGAAUAGUUGGCUUUAAUGAGACAGAACCCAUGGGAGUAUGGGAUGGUUAGUUAGCGGUUUCAAGAGGGAUUCCGGCUAGGAUGCAUGUGCCUGCUACUGUAAACACUUUGUAAUCUCAGCCCUUCCUACAGCAGCUUUAUCAAAAGAGACGUGGUUCACUUAAGACUCGUUCCUGGGGUUUUCCACUUCUACCACAGUGACAAGUAUGACGCAAAGGUUUUGCCUGGCAAAGCUCACUUUCAGUCUCCGGCACUAAGUCAAUCAAACGUCGGUUUGAUAUCACUUAAAAAUAAAUAAAUAACCACUUUUAUAAUGGUGCUAAGCCUGUCUGGGACCUUAUCUGAUAAGCGCUGCAGAUAUUUUGAAUCUGAGAAUUGACCUUUUACCACUUGCUUAUUCCUUUCUUUGAAUGACACACACAUCUCUUUCAUCCGUGACCUCAGUCGACUUCCUGUGACGUUGCUGAAUGUCACGGCUGAAAACCUCCUGCUGGCAGAGUCUUACUCUACAUUCUGUCGAGGUUUAACUGAACCAGCAGGCACAAGUUUACCAGCAGGGUCCACGACACAGGAAAAGACAAAGAAUAAACUCUUACGUCCCUCUUCAGUCAUGUCUAACCCCUUUGCUUUAAUGCCAGCAUCAACUCCUCCCAUGCACCAAGCAGUAUAUUCAACCAGACACGAUUCCCUUUGUUUUUUCUGUCCAUCUGGAGCCUCGAGGCACUCGCAGUCUGUUUGCCAUCUAUGGCACCCACCCCCAUUACCCCACACAACCUCAGGUUUGUCCAGCAUCGCCUGGCCUAGCUUUUUGUGGGUGAAGUGGGCCAUACGAAUAUCUCCUGCAGGGGAAUAGUAGAGGGAACACAGAGCUGCUUUACACCUGACCUUUAUCUCUUUUUGCUGACAGGAGCUUACUAACAAAGGGUGCUGGGGGGGAGUGUUUGGUCUACCCUGAAGUGGAAACCCAGGCAGACAUUGCUGUCAUCUUUAUUUAGCUGCAUUUUGUCAGUCGGAGCAUGCAGAGGGCAAUGCAGCGGCGUAGCCGUACUCACACUCACACACAUGUAAACAGUUGUAGCCUCCUAUGAGUCUAUGUUUAAGCCUGAUGAACCCAGACAGAGUCUCCCGGCGGGUUUUGUCUGGUCUGAGAUUGCUGAUUCAGAAAGCGUCGCCUCAUGCUGCAAUUGACGGCUCCUAUGUAAACUGUAAACCUUAUUUUUUUAUAGAUAGAGGCCAUGAAAAGGAAGAUUGGUGACAUUUUCUUGGCAUUCCAGAUGAUGAAAGAAAUGUCAGGUCCUGAUGAUGAUGUUUCCUAAGACUGUAACCUUUCAGCUGAAAGCGGAGGCUGCACGACAUGUAUGUAGAGGUUUGAGUCAGCUGCACUGUCAGAGGGAAGAAGUCACAGCUUCUUUUUUGUCUGAUUGUUGUACACUUUAGCGUUGGCCUUUUGACUUUAUUGGUGCUUGUGCAGUCUUCUUAGAGACUACUUUGAUGCCUAGAUUUUUAACCCCUUAACACCUAGUGUAUUUAAUUUGAUACAGCUUGUGUGAUUUUUUUGAGACUUCUAAAUCAUCAGUAAUCAUCAAAUAUAUUUAUAUAUAAAUUUCGGGCAACUAUUUCAUUGUUUAUGUUUUAAAGAGUUAAAUGUACUGUUUGCCAUCUGGAUGAACAGAGGAUAUAAAAACAGACAGCUUUGCUGUAAUUAAUGGUUCAGUGAAUUGACACAGUAAAUUAUCUUGUGUCUUUACAGCUUCAGUGACCUAAAUUAAAUUAAAUGAACAGGUCACUCUGAGAUUAAAUUCAAGUAUUUUUGUCUGUGGCCUGUAGUGCUAAUGACCCAUCUACAUUGUUUUGGUGUGCGUUGCCCAGUUUUUGAGAUAUCAACUGUGGAAAUCAGUGCCUUUCCUUGAAUCUAAUGGAACAUGAUCGCACUUGCCUUGUGCUGCUUCAGAUGCCAAAAAAAUGCACACAAACAGAGUUCCUACAUUAAAGUGCUCACAACAGGGUUUGAGGAUUUUUGAGUAACCAGGUCAUGAUUUCUAGAAGGAGAUAUUGCUGCUUACUUUUUCACAUUAAUGUUUUUGGAGCUUGGAGCACCUCAAGGGAAGUGCUAUCGGGUCCCAUUAUUUUCAACAGGGGGUAAUAUUUUCUAAAGCUGAUAUCUUCAAAUAUGGGCAACUCACUCCAAAACAACCUGAAUGAUUAAGUUAACUGUCCCUUUAAAUCGGAUGUUUCUUAAUCCAGACGUUCACACUAGGCCAUUGCUACAAGUCAAUAUUUCAAUUCAGUUCGAAGUUUUAUUCAUAAAACACAAAUUCAUAACAACAGUUGCCUCAGGGCACUUGAUAUUGUAGGCUACAGACCCAACAAUAUUGGAAAGAAAACCAAAGAGUUGUGAAGAAAUUAUUCCCACAGAACAUUAAUAUCUGUGUUUUCUUCAAGACCCAUUGUAGUACCGACUAGUGCCAGCAAAUGUAAGCUCUGGAAAUGCUAAAAAAACAGCUAAUUUAAUGUAGCUUCUGAAAGUGUUAGCAUGUAUCAACACGAUUAGGAUUUACCCACAUAUAUGUGCUUGACAAUAUGUGGCAGCUAUGGCACUCAUUACCAACAUGCAGGCACCCAUUCAGAAAUAAUGAACAAUUGGAUUUCAUUCCCACUUCAGUUGCAAGCUGGCUCACUGUCACACUGCCGUGGUUUAAUGGCACACUUGAACAGAGCUUUCAUUUAUUUUAUUUGUGAUACUUGAACUUUUCCUGUACAGAAAGGUCAGAAUCUCAGCUGUGAAUAGAUCAGAAAUGAUUUGGUCUCAGUAAUUUUCCCAGUUAAUGCAUUUGAUGUUUUCCAUGUUCUAUUGUAAAUUUGGGGAUUUGCAAAUCACUGAAUUCUGGGUUGUUGUUUUUUUGCAUUUUACACAUCAUCCCAACUUUUUGGGAAUUGGAAUUGUAAAUCCAUGUGCAUUAUUAUGGAAAUUGUUCCCCCCUUACAGCUAACACAGCUUCCCCUCUUUUUGGAAAGACUUUCUACUAGCUUUUGAAGCUUGUCUGCGGCAAUUUGUGCUCGUUUAAUAGCAUUUCUAAGGUCAGACGUUGAUGUUGGAUGAGAGGGCCUGGCUGGCAAUCUUCUUUCUAGUUUAUCUCAAAGGUACGGUGGGGUUGAGGUUAGGGCUCUGUGUGGUACAGUUAAGUUGUUCCAUACCAAAAUCAUCCAUCCAUUCUUUGGACUGAGCUUUGUGCAGUGGGGCUCAGUCCCACUGGAACAGAAAAGCCUCUGCAAAAGCUGAAAGGAUAGAACUAUAAAAAAAAAUGUCACAGUGAGCUAAAGCAUUAACAUUUCCCUUCACUGGAACUAGAAAGCAACCCCAUAACAUUAUCCUUCCUCCACCAACCUUUACAGCUGGCACCGUGCACUCAGGCAGGCAGUGUUUCCUGCUAUUCACUAAACCCAGACUAAACUCAGUCUGGUGUCCAGACUGCCAGAUAGAGAAACGAGAUGAGAUUUAUCACUGCAGCACGUUUCCAUUCCUCCACAGUCCAGCGGUGGCAUGCUUUACAUCACUCAAGCCAACACUGGCCUUGCAAGGAGAUGCUGCUGCCAUGGCAACCCAUACAAUGAAGCUCCCAGUGCUGAUGUUAAAGUCAGAGGACUUUGAAAAUCUGCAGUUAUUGAGUCAGCAGAGCACUGGUGACUACCUAUUGUGUCACUUCAUGGCUGAAUUGCUGUGGUUCGUGAAUGCUUUGACUUUGCAAUAUUACCACUUACUAUACAGCUCACUGUGGAUUGUCUGGAAGGGAAGAAAUUUCACUAAAGACUUGUUGCAGCUGUGCUAUAACAGCCAAUUCCUCAGAAAUGUUUGUAAAGACAGACAGCAUGAAUACGUGCUUGAUUUCAUUCAUCAGCAACAAUGGGAUUGAAUGAAACACUUGAAUAGAAUGACAAAGAGGUGUGGCUCAGUAUAUAGUCCAUAUAGUCUAUAUUGAUCUCAUGGUCUUAUUGCCUUUGUGGCUGAAUAAGAGAAAAUCCCUGCCUACAGGUUCCCCAAUGGAAAAAAAUGGAGUCAGUUGUAGUAAUCUAGUAACACCUGUACUGUCCAAAGAUGAGCGUCUUUCUUCGUAAACAGUUGGUUCAGACUUUAACUAAAACUACUCCAAUCCAGUACUGUAUAUCCCCUCCGGGUUAUAUCCUGCUAGGAUUGAUUAAAUGUCUAUUGUAUUGCAGUAUAUUAGUAAUAGAUAGGUGUAUCUAAUAAAAUGGCAACUAAGAGGGUUCGGUUUUGUAAGACAAGUUGCUUUUGUGCCAGGUUUCAUUAUUACGUAGCUGCAAUUAGACUUUUAGAGACUCUAAAGUGAGUACUGUGUUACUAAGUGUCCUCCAAGUGCCUGCGCCAGUACAGCUGUCAUCUUUGGGUCUUGUGCAUCAUUAACAGUGGCCUUAUUAUUGUGCCGGCUGCAGCGGUGUCAAAUGGCAGUGCCGUAACUCCAGUCUGCAACAGCUGCAUUUAAUCAAGCACUGUCAAGCUUUAAUCAGCCUCGGCCUUACCCAUCUCUGCUUGGCUCGCGGUCAUUUCUGCCCCGACAACAGAUUUAUAGGGCUGGAUACGUGAGACAGAAACACUCUUGAGCCUCAACACUGCAUCUGCAGCGGUUUGUCCGCCGUACGUUUUCCUGGAGCACAUUUGUUCAGAAAACAUGAGACAUAGAAGUCAUUCAGGAGUUCAUUUGCCUCAGUUAGGGUGGAAUAUUUACGUGUGAGAAGGGCUUAAGCUCUUUCCCUCUAGCCUGCUUGUCACCAUAUGGAAACAACUGGCUUCCAUAUGGUGACAGAGGACACCCUCUGCGCUGCCUGACGAGAGACAGUAGUGCUGUGUAGGAAGGACAGACGCGGGGGGGGGGGGGAGUGGCUGAUGUUGUGAGUGGGCGCUUGUUUGGGAAAGACUUUGGAUUUUUUUGUGAAAGUGUAAACCCUUUCACUAAGCUGGCUAAGCUUGUGUUUUUAUUCUUUGAGCAACAGGAGCAAAGACUGUAUCAUUGUUUGCCUGUGAAACCAGACACAUUUAAAGGCGGGCGAGACCCUUUAAUACAGUUGAGCUGCAUGAAGGGGAAUUCAUGUGACGCGUCUCUGCGACUCACUCUUCCUUUUAUGUAAAAGCACAGGAGAAACUGCUUCCUUGAAACCCACUCGGAGACAUCCCUGGAUCAUUAUCCGAACCAAAGGGAACUGCUACUACAAACACUCACAUGCUAUAGCUGGGACACGCUCCGCUCUGGUGCAAAGCAGUCACGAGGAAGCAGCCAGGCAGAAAUUCUCCUGCUGUGUGUGCGCCUGACAGAGCUCUGUCUUCUCAGGGUGCCUGCAACAGAAGUGUUUCAGUGGAAAUCCCUGACUUUUACUUGACCUUACAUGGGAAAGUUUCUCUCUCCAAAGAUGUGGUGGAUUUCUGAGGCUUGUGUGUUGUCACAUCGCCAGGCAGCACGUGGGCUGCUCGCUCUUUCUUCAAAGUGUUUGCGCGCGGUGCGAGCGAGGACGGAGGUGGUCGGGGAGGGUCUUUAUCCCGUCCUGAUACUGUAUCAACCUCAAAGGCCGCCGGGCCGUCAUCAGUGACAGCAGUGACACUGAAAACACAGAUCAAAGACGGGAUCUGCCUCCCCCUCUGGCUCCAGCAGGGAGGAAGGGGUUUUGUGACCAACCGAGCCCGUGAAAGCAAGAAUAGAAGGACGAAGGCUGGCAGAGGAAUUUGGUCAAAAAAAUGAUUAUCUACUUGGGUAGCAUUCACUCGCAUGGGGUUUGACAGGUCAACAAAGCCGGGCUCUUUUGCGCCUGAGUGCUCUUUUGUGUCAUUCGGCCCAGAAGUUUGGCUGGCUUUAUCAAAAAGCCUCAGGCAAGGUGCUGUUUGACCUCGUGUGCUCCCACAUGAAUCUCAUUGAGGGUGACUACUUUGGCUUGGAGUUUCAGAACCAACAAAAGAUGAUGGUUUGGUUGGACCAUAUCAAACCCAUUAUCAAGCAGCUCAGGCGGCCGAAACACACAAUCCUGAGGUUUUCUGUGAAGUUUUUCCCCCCGGACCACGCCCAGCUACUGGAGGAGCUGACGAGGUACCUGUUUGCCCUCCAGAUCAAACAGGACCUUUUCUGUGGACGUCUGACUUGCAACGACACCAGCGCCGCUCUGAUGGUCUCCUACAUUAUACAAUCUGAGAUCGGAGACUUUGAGGAGAGCCAGUGCCGGUCACACCUCCUCAACAACAACUACAUCCCAGAUCAAAUGCCCCUCAUUGACAAAAUCAUGGAGUUUCACUCAAAGAAUAUUGGUCAGACACCAGCAGAAUCAGACUACCAUUUGUUAGAAGUUGCUCGCAGGCUGGAGAUGUACGGGAUUCGGCUCCAUCCUGCCAAGGAUCGCGAGGGAACAAAGUUAAGCCUGACUGUGGCGCACACGGGUGUCCUGGUCUUCCAGGGACACACAAAGAUUAACGCCUUCAACUGGUCUAAAGUUCGAAAACUGAGCUUCAAGAGAAAACGCUUCCUCAUUAAGCUGAGGCCGGAUCUAAAUAGUUCAUAUCAGGACACUCUGGAGUUUUUAAUGCCAAGCAGGGACUGCUGUAAAGUCUUCUGGAAGAUCUGUGUUGAAUAUCACGCCUUCUUCCGCCUAUUUGAGGAACCUAAGCCCAAGCCCAAGCCGGUACUCUUCUCACGAGGCUCCUCCUUUAGAUUCAGCGGUCGGACGCAGAAGCAGGUGAUUGAAUAUGUGAAAGAGUCUGAAUUUAAAAAGAUCCCGUUUGAAAGGAAACACAGUCGUGUUCAGUACAGCAGUCGGGUCCAACACAACAGUCGCCUGUCACCAUUGCCUUCUCCAAGCCACCGUGAAGUGCCAACAGAUAGUGGUGCUUCUGGGGACAGAAUUGAUUCUCCUCGGCGUCAUUGGAAGGAGUCGGUCCUGGUGAGUGCAGAAGACCCGGCAGCUUCGCGGGCGAGGAUGAGCCCCUCGCAUCAGAGAAAUGGCCACGAAGAGAGAACGGGGUCUGUAUCCAGGACAGAGGAGACGAGGAGCCCAACACGACAGACCCACCCCGAACAUCUGAAUACAGGUGUGGUUUCCAACAGUCCUCACCUGUCCGCGUCCUCUGGACACUCCCACGGGAUGGUCAACGGUCAGAAGUCGCUGGAUCUGUGCAGUCACAGUCCCGACGCCCGGCUGCCUUCCCCGCUCACCAGCCCGUUGCUCAACGACGCCUGCAGCGUUCGCACUGAUGAUGAAGACGAGGUUCGAAGGAAGAGGUUCCCAACAGAUCGAGCCUACUUCAUCGCCAAGGAGCUGCUGACAACAGAACGGACGUAUGUGAAGGACCUCGAGGUGGUGACCGUGUCUUUCCAGAGUGCCGUGGGACAAGAUGAGGCAACUCCGGACUCCCUGAAGGACGCCAUCUUCUCCACCUUUGAGCCUCUGCACAAGUUCCACACAGGUUUUCUCAGGGAGGUGGAGCAGAGGCUGGCACUGUGGGAAGGACGCUCUAAUGCACACAUUAAGGGAGACUACCAGCGCAUUGGAGAUGUCCUGUUGAAGAACCUUCAGGGUUUGAAGCCCCUGACAGCAAACCUGAGUAAGCAGUCUGAAAUCCUGCUGGAGCUUGAGAAGGCGUGCAAGGCGUCCCGAAGGUUGGAGGGUCUCUGCAGAGACUUCGAGCUGCAAAAGGUCUGCUACAUUCCCCUCAACGUCUUUAUUCUGCGGCCUUUGCACCGCCUCAUUCACUACAAGCAGAUCCUGGAGCGCCUGUGCAAACAUUACCCAGCUACUCAUGUGGACUUCAGGGAUUGCAGAGCUGCUCUAGCUGAUGUGUCUGAGGUGGUGGACCAGCUUCAGGGAAGCCUAAUCAAGAUGGAGAACUUGCAGAAACUUCUGGAGCUGAAGAAGGAUUUGAUUGGCGUCGACAAUCUCGUUGUUCCUGGUCGGGAGUUCAUCAGGUUGGGCUGCCUCAGUAAACUGUCUGGAAAAGGGCUGCAGCAGCGAAUGUUUUUCCUGUUUGAUGACGUCAUUUUAUACACAAGUCGAGGGAUGACGGCGACGAAUCAGUUCAAAGUGCACGGGCAGCUGCCGCUCCAUGGCAUGACAAUCAGAGAGAGUGAGGAUGAGUGGGGUGUACCUCAUGCCUUCACAUUGGUUGGGCAACGGCAGUCCGUAGUAGUAGCAGCUAGUUCUUUGGUAGAGAUGGACAAGUGGAUGGAGGACGUAAAGAUGGCGAUAGAAAUGGCAAAAACCAGCAAUGGGCCUUCAUCUGAGCUGCUGACCAGCAGCCUGACAGACAACACGCCUCUCCUUCCCCCUCUUUCAUCAUCCUGCUCAUUGUCUAGCAGUAACAACCUCCUGACUUUCCCAGAAUGCCCAGAGGACUCCUCGGUGGAGGCAGAGUCCGAGGAUGACAUGACAGCUCCCCACGUGUCAUUGGAGAAGCCCACGCCUCACCGUGGUAACACCAUGGUGCACGUGUGCUGGCACAGGAACACCAGCGUGUCAAUGGUGGACUUUAGCAUAGCCGUGGAGAAUCAGCUAUCAGGAAACUUACUAAGGAAGUUCAAGAACAGCAACGGCUGGCAGAAGCUCUGGGUUGUCUUCACCAACUUCAGCCUGUUUUUCUACAAGUCUCACCAGGAUGAUUACCCAUUGGCCAGCCUUCCACUGCUCGGUUACUCGGUCACCGUCCCCUCUGAGUCCGAAAACAUCCACAAGGACUAUGUCUUCAAGCUGCAUUUCAAGUCCCACGUCUACUACUUCCGAUCAGAGAGUGAAUACACAUUCGAGAGGUGGAUGGAGGUCAUCCGCAGCGCUACUGUCCCCUCAAGUCGAGCUCGUGGUCUGAACGGCAAAGAGACCCACGCUUAAUGAGUUGGCUCACCUAGUUUCCAUACCCGUUCUCCUUCGGGUGGCAUCCGCCCGUCCUGUCCCACUCCGGACUCUUUGCUUUUCUUUUCUACGCAUAUCUGGGACAUUUGUACAUGUGUCCAUGCACAUUUGGUGCUUUUUAAUGCUUUAAUGGUGACAUGUCCGCUGGUUUAGACUGCAUCAGAGACUGCAUUUUUGGCAUUUUUACUCUCAACUCUGAAACCUCUUUUUAAGGAUGUCAUUUUAUACUGUUUUCUAAUGGUCUGAACCACUUCCUCUAUUUCUGGUUUUACAUGUUUGUCAUCGGUUGUUUUUAAAUGCAGGAACACAUUGAUACUAGAUAUUCAGUAUUCUUUCUUAGAUGGUUAAACUCUCACUGCAUUGUCAUAAACAUUUUGUCUACGUGUUCAUUCUACGAAAAACGGUCACCCUUUAACAGCUGAUGCUCUGAUCACGCUUGGCCCAGCACAAAAAGAAGGAAAUGAAAUUAUUUUGUCGUAUUAUUGACGUAAACCUCGACAUUGUGGCCAGGGGUGGCUGCCAUCACCACUGAUGCCGUUUUAAGUGAAGUAAAUGUUCUAUUUGCUGAAAUUUGUUGUAUGAUUCCAAUCACAGAGUUCUGCUUUUUUAUAUAUAUAUAUGCAUAUAUAUAAAUUAACUCUGAAGUUCCCAUUCAGUUGUGUGAGAAAAUGUGAGAUGUGCUCAUAAUUGCUGCGUUAUGAUGGCAAGUGUAAUUGAAAGCUUUAAGGAUUAUGUGCAAAACAAAACAGAAACUUUCAGUUCCAAGCGACGUUGCCCUCACAAAACUAGGCUGCCUCCCCAUAUGAACACAGAUCUGUUUAUGGGUCUGAAUGAAUGGAAAUAUGCAUUUGACAGGGUUUUGCAGUGAAGUAUAUGAGAUGGAAAACCUCAGUUCUGCCUAGAAUUGCAGCGUUUUUUCCAGACAGCAGAGAGCUCUUUGGAAAUGAAAGCAAUAAAAAAAAACAUACUCAAACUCGGA